AUGCUAAGAAAGAUUACUUAUGGAUGUCAGAUAUCGUUGUCGUUAUGCAGUGAAAACGAGACCUAUCUUUCAACUGACUAAUUAAAUGAUAAUUUAUUGGUUCAUAAGGUCACGCAUCAGAAUGAGAUUCUGAACUUUGAAAAAUGCAUUUUUAUGAUCAUACCUGUUCUAAAUCAUUUUUGGGUUGGAAAAUUGGUAGAGCUAGUGAGAAAUGACAUUGACAAAGAAAUCAAUAAAAAGGGUAGUUUAAUUGAGCAUCAUAGAAUCCACAAUUUAAUCUAGACAACAGACUAUAAAAUCUUAUGAAAACAAUCUUGAUGAGGAGAUGAUGGCCAAUAUCUCAUGUUUCCAAAAACUGCAAGACACUUCAUUACUAUUUGGAACUUCCACUUUUCAUUUGGUUCAUAAGGAUUCUCUUCGAUUUGUGAUGAUUGAUCAAGAAUCAGUGUAAUUAGUGGAAUUCCCCUCUGAUUACACAGUGUUGCAUUUCCAACCAGUCUAUCAAUAUCAGAAACAGAUCUCGUGUAUUUUGGACUAGGAGACUGUAACAUUGUGUGCUGCAAAAUCAAUUUAAAAUAGAAAAUGUUAUUUAAGAUUAAUUUCCAAGGAAUCUGCAGACUAAGUGUCCUCCACCCAGAUAAGUCCAACCUACUUGAAAAUGAAUUUAUACAGCAGUCUACAAGAGAAUGAGGAUUUGCUGUAUGCAGGAGAUCUGAUAGCCAUAAACCUAAGUGAAACUAAUGUAUACAUCCUUUCCUCAUAUCAUUUAAGCUAUUUCUCAAUGCCAAACAACCCUAUGAUACAUUUCACGAAAUAGCCGAAUACUAGAUACAAAGACUUCAGAACCAAUUGACCUCAUUGACUCUCACCAAGAUCAUCUACGAGGAUCUCAAAGUGACCUUCGAUGACGUGAUAGAAAGAAUAGGUAUGAAGAGAAUUCAGAAACUUCAGAGCAGUUCCUAUUGGAAGAUCGAAAAAACAAAUGGACAAGGAGGAUAGAUCUAAUUUUAUCAAUUGGUGAGACUUAAACAUAAUCAAUCCUCUAGAUAUUUGGAAUUGUUUAAUGGUGAUCCCAUCUUAACAAAUUAAUUGAGUAAACUCUCCCUCUUCAUGUUGAUUCCCAUUGAUGAAGGAUAGAAGGUCUUGAAAAAGGAUUCCUACUUCAAAGUUUAACAUUAUCAAUCUGGAAUGUAUUUGCAGGAUCAAAACAACAAACAAGAAAAUAGAAAUAUCAACAUCUUGAGAUUAAGGAAGAUUGGAGAUUACGAGGAAACUGAAACUAAAUUACUGCAAUAUUCUGUUAAAAUCUUCAUUGAAGCUAUUGAAUUGUUAUAAGAAAUCAAUGAUCAAGAAAUCAAGUGUUCUCUCUAUGAUAUCAAAAAUAAAGAAGGGGAAAUCAGAUUAAAAAUUAAGUUUUAUUUCAUUUAUCAAAAAGUCAAACAAGUAUUGGCUUAUGUAAGCGAUUUUCUGAUGAAUAAAUUAAUAUCCAACCUUUCCCCUAAUCAAAAAUAUAAUCAGAUGUCAUUCAUCAGAUAAGACGUAAUCAAUUUCUUCUAUAUAAAUCUAGUCAUUCAGAUAAGAACCUCUCUUUCCCCUUAUUUGUUUAUUGUUCCAAAUGCUGAAACCAGAAUUGGUUGAACAAAUUGCUUCAAACGAUAAGGAAUUCUUUGAAAAGGAGGAGAAAUUCUACUAAAGUACUAAAAAUGUCAAUAGAGCAGACAGAGAUGAAGGAAGGAUUAUUUAUUAUUAUCGCUUACAAAUCAAGAUACUCUAAGUCUAAUUAAUUGAAACUAUUAACAUCGUAUACAAUUAUCAAUAUAUUUUCAUAGAUUUGCAAAGACAAUAUUGAAAAUCAGAAUUGCUUUUUUUAGUUUUUGCCCAUACUCCACAAACACAUAAUACUAUACCCUGAAUUCAUAGCAGUUCUAAAUAGUCUAGUCUGCAAGAAUAGGUUUUUUCUAGAAGACCUCUCUAAAAUUAGAAAGAGUAUCAUAUAUAUUCCUAUUGAAUUAUAGUUUCCUCCAAUAAACCAAAUAAAAAUACAUUCAUUCUUGAGUGGUUGACUGAAAAAGUCUCAUUACUUUCUGUUGCUAAAACUGAAAUCCCUUUGAGCCAAAAAACUGAAAUUUUGAAUUUCUUAGCCACCUGUUGCUCUUUUGGAGUUGAGGCAAUAUUUGCAAAUUAAGAAAUGAUAUUUAAGACUUUGAUCAAUAAGAAGAGGAAUAUUACAUUAAUGAAAUGUGUUGUAGAUGAAGAGAAGAAUAUUAUUGUUACUUGUAAUGGUAAGAUGGGACAAGUGUCGAUUAAAUUUGAGGCCUAUUUUGAACAAACUCAUAAGAAUUCAAAUCCCCAUUUUUAAGAGGAACUUAAUUUUUUAAAGGCCUAAUUCUUCUUAUAUUCCUAAUUAUGCUUACAAAGAAAUUACGAUUCCAUUAAGUAUUUUGGAGAUCAAUUUAGUGAUAAUUCCCUGGUCCCAUUAUUAAAUAACAACUUAAUAGAUCCUGAAUUGAGAGCCCAUUUGAUUGCUCUCUGUAAAAAUAUCUACUUAGACAGGGACCCUUUGAUUGCUCAAGUAAAGCCUACCUUAAUCAGAGUGAAUAUCAGCAAUAGUCAAACAUUUUUUGAUAACAUAUUUUAUGAGGAUGAAGAUGGGGUUUUUGAUAAGGUGGAAUUGGAAACCAAGUCUUUAUAUUAUGUAAUUCAGAAGUUCAAAGAGAUAUUGAGUUCUUAUCUGAGGUAAAUGGUGAAGAAUCUUCAUGAAUAGCAACCUUAGAAGGUGUACAACCUCCUCACUCUGCAAAUCAUGAGAAUAUUAUUUAUGCUAUUGCAGUUUGGAUGGUUUUCGAAGCAAAGUGAUGAGAUGAAUAAAUAGAGAAUGGAUGACUCCAAAGAAAUUGAAUAUGCAUUAGAAAAAUUAAUUUAGUAAUUGUCAUUGUUGCUUGAAUAUGACUUUGAUUAUCAAAAGGCUCAUUCUAAAUUGAAAUCCAAGAAUGUGAAUGAGAAGUUGGCAAAAAUGAUUAAAAUACAAUCUUUAAAGUUCUUUAGAAAAACGGAGUAAAAGAAAAUCAACCAGAGUAGCAUUGAGACGAUCAGAGAUCCACUCCUACGGAAAUUACAGAAUGUUAAACGAGUGUUGAACAGAUUCCAGAAUAAGACCUUUAGUGCUCAAACUAAUACUUCAGAUUAUGAAAUAGAAAUAAAGAUAGAGAUAUGCAAAAUAUUUUAAUAUCUAUUGGAUAUGAGGUUAGACUUUAUGAUUGAUAAUGCGAUUGCCUUUUUCACCAAUACAUUCUUGCCUUCAGUUUCUAAAAAGUUCACGCACUCAGAGAAACAGCAGUUGCAUGAUUCUGCUGAGAACAAGUCCCAUUUAUAAACUCACUUAGUUUAUUACAGAAAGAAAUACUUGACUUCUUUGUAAGGAUUACUGAGGGAGGAUCUCCUGAAACCAGGAUAGAAGAAGUUCCAGCAAAGAGGAAUAAAAGAUCAUGUAUAGAUCAAUAGAAUAAGACACUUCGACAGGAUCAUAGAUCGUCCAUUCAUAGAAGUGUUAUUGAAAGGAUUUUACUUUGCGAAUGAUAAUGUCCUCUAAAAUCAUAUCGUAGAAUUGAUUGAAAGGUAUUAAAAUUAAAGAUCUGAGUUUUGUAAUUACCUAAAGUAGAUACAAAUGAUAAUGACGAAUAAUUUGUAGAUUAUUUAUAGAACUAUGUACAUUUUGGUGUAGAAGCUUAAAAACAAUGUGCAGAAUUCCCAAAUCUGGUUGCGUUUAGAUAUUCCAGUAGCAUUAAACGAAAAGAAUGAAGAGACAAUUGAAAAAGUCUUAGAGAAACUGGUUGAAAUCUAUACAAUCAUAUCAAAGAAUGAGGCGAAUGAGAGAUCAGUUAGGAGGAUAUUCUUGAAUUGUGGUGGCUACUAAGUGGUUUACUAAUUGAUAGUGAAAUGCUUGUCAGUGAUAGAUGUAAAUAUGGACAUUUUCGAAUGCACUUUUGAAUUAACAGAGUAUGAUGAAUAGAAACAAUACUAAUAGGAAUUGACUGAAAAGAUUCUCUAAAUCUUUCAAGCUUGUCUUCGAUUAAUAGGGUUAUCUGUUAGGAAUGAUUAAUAAAAUCAAGAGUAAUUUGUAUUAUCGAAAUUAGGUAUGUCCUGAUCAAGUUAGCAAGGCCAUUGUUAAGAUACAACAUGGUGAAUUUAGGUCAGAUCGAGUUGAUCAAUGAGUUAUUCUCUAACAAUCAUAACUUAUUGCCAUUGGUGAACUCUAAUGAUUUGUAUCAGUUGUUGGAAUACGUCAAACUCUAUGGCAAGUAUUAGUCGUUCAUAGAACUCUUUACAUCUAUAGUAAGAAACAAACAAUGCCAAUCUCUGUAUAAGGAUAUCUAUUAGGCUUUAGUGCAAUGUGAAUCAAGAGACAUCAAUGUAAUUUCUAUGGAUUAUAACAUUCUAGCCAUUCUAGGAUAAUUACAACUUUUAGAAGUUCUACCCAAAUUAACCCAACAUUGAAGAAUUUCGUUAGAGUUUCCUCAAGAUAGUGGAAGUGGUCUUGAUCCAUGAUGAUAGAGCAGCCUUAUCAGUCAAAAUGUUGGAAGUGCUUGAUUUCACUGAUUUGACAUCCUACUUUCUGGAAAAGACUCAGGAAAUGAGAAAUACGAAUCUAGAUCUUGAGUUAUAAGAUAGCAUAACUAAAGUAAGUUAUAUAAGUAGAUUUAGAUCAAAUUUGUCAUCUGUAGAAUAAUACUAACUUUAUCAAAAAAGAAGAAGAAGUUGUUAUUAAUACACGAGAAUUACUUCCUCUAGAUUAUCAGUAUUGAAGCAUCUUGGCUUGAACAGUAAGAGUUUUUGUAAACAUCUGCCAAGACUUAUAUAGUGGAGGGAUUGUUGCCAUUGAUAAACACAUACAAUGAAUACGCCAAUAAGAAGAACUCUUUCAAGACAGACAUAGCAUAAAUUAGAAGUUAUGCUUUGAGUGUUUUAAAGCAGUAUUCACAAAUAACCAAGAAUAGUGAUACUUCAACCAAAUAUCAAGUGCAUAGAUUGGUCAAAGCUUUUGAUUUGAAAGUUCCUGAUGAAAGGAGUGAAACAGAUUCGGAUUAGGAAGGAUUGAUGAGUGAUUUGAAUGGAGAGACCUUUAAAACUGAGAAGUUCGAGGAAUACUAGGUGACUGAAGGUAGUGAUGGAUCGGAUCAAGGGUGUAAUGAUUUAGAAUUAUGGGAAUUCUUUAAGAAGUUAUUUGAUAACAAUCAAAAAAUCAAGGAAUUGACAGAAACUGAUCAAUUAGCCUAAUCAAUUUGGCAUGUGAGUGAUAUGUUCACGAGUGAUUUUUGGGAGGAUAAGGAGAAGAGACAAUUAAUUUUGACUAAUAAUGAUAUGUUGCAAAAGAUCUUAGCAUUUUUGUAAUUUUGGAAGUCAAACAAAGCAUCAAAACAAAGUGCCAUUUUUGCAUUAAAGCUGUUGAUUCAGAUCAUAAAAAUUGAUUAGAAUAGAAUUAAAAUACUUGAUUAAUUGGGUGGCACCAAGAUAAUUCUCACUUUAAUUUGGGAAGAGAAUGAAAGUGAGAAUGAUUACAUCAUUUAACUGUUGAUUUUAAUUAAAGAACUCUUGACUUGCAAGCAAGUGUAGAAGACAACCUUGACAUUUUUGAGUCUUGCUAUAUCCAGUGACAAAUUCUUUUAAAAAAUGGAAAUGCUAUUGACAAUAGACCAGGAUUUAAAAAUAUGUACUUUGGUAUUAUAAAUAAUGGAAUUGAUGUGUAAUGACAACAAUAAAGAGUUAUAAAAUUUGAUUCGUUAUCAGAAGAAUAAUAAAAAGUCAUACGAUCUUGUUCAGUAGACAAUCAACUAUCUAUGCUCUUUGGAUAUUAAGAACAAUUAUGAACAACUUAUUUAGUGUUUAAAGACUAUAAAGUCACAAGCUUACGCAUGUCGACCAAAUCAAACAUUAGUGGCCAAUUCUAAGUUUGUUGAGUUCUCCAUUAGAGUGUUAAAUGACUCAUCCUUAAAAUAGUAAUUGGAUGAAGUGCAAAUAAUUUAAUUGAAACAUUAGUGUUUAAUAAUAUUAUUGGUAGUUGCUGAAAUCAAUACCAAAGAUGAUUAUAUUGUAUAGAAAUUAAAGAAAAUAGUUCCCAAGACUGUGUUGAUAUAACAUUUUGUCAAUGUUUAUCACCAAAUGGUGAACUUGUUUGGUGAGGACAAUUAUUCGAAGUUGAUAUUUGUGAAUAAACCGAAUUUUAUCAUGGAAAGUGGAUUCAAUGCUUACAUUUUAUAUGUUAUUCUGUCAGAACUAAAUUAUGUAGUGGAGGAUUUGGAAGAGUUUAAGAAGAACGAUGAUGAAGGACAGUUAGUAUAAGAUUUCUUGAAGGAUAACAUUUUGAAUGAACUCUCGAGAUUGGGGUAAUCCUUGAUGAAACAUGGAUUGGAGUAGUUGAAUCAAAUCAAGUAAUAAUUCAGUGGACAAGUUGAAGAAAAGAUGAACAUAAUCAAAAAGCAUGAGAUGAUGCACAAGGCUUUUUAAUUUUACAAAAUGAAUACCUUGCAAGUUGAAUUUGUAAAAGAUGAUGUACUCUACUUAACCUACUUCCCUAAACUCCCUUGUUUCUACUUAUUGAGAUAAGAAAUAAAGAAGAAAUUCUUGGAUCAAGCAGACAGAACUAGCACCAAAACAAAGAUUAUCAGUUUGGUUAACUUUGUGGAUUCAGCCUACAAGUUUAUGCUGCAUUAAGAGGCUCUGAGAGAUUACUUUAAGAAACACAAGUUCUUAGAGAUUCUGGCUAGAAGAGGUAAGUUAUGGAUGUAACUUGCUUUCUACAAUGGGUUCUUGAUUAAUUUAAUUAUCAUUUUAAGUUAUACUUAAUUAGCAUUUCCUCCUGGAUAUUAACCCAAGGAUCCUGAUGUGAUUUAAUAUUAUCGAUUAAAUGAACCAAGGUUCUUAGAAGACUAUAAUAACACAAACACUAAAUACUAUUUGAUGAUGUUGGCUUAUCUGAAUUUAGCUAUUAAGUAAGAUGUCAUAUUUUAAUGUGCUUAGUUUCAUGGUGUUGUUUUUUUAUCUCAUUGACAAGGCUCCUGUUAAAUUAUAAUUUGUUUGGAAUGCGUGGCAUGCAUCUUCACUUAUUGGACACUUGAUAUCUGGGUUAAUCAAGGUGAUCAUCUCAAUCAUAGUACUGGUCAUUGAUUUCGACAUUAUAUACUAUAUUCUUUAGAUAGCGUUUAAUAUUAUCGGGAUAACAAUUCAUCCAUUUUUUUUGGCAUUUCAUUUGAUCCACAUCCUGUAUUUGGAACCACUCAUACCCAUAUUAAAGGCUGUGUGGUUGGCUAAAUUUAAAUUUAUUGGAUUGUGGUUGACAAUCAUACUUUUUGAAUAUUGGGUAGCCUUGAUAUCCUAUGUUUACUUCUUUGAGUUUUUCAUUACUGAUAAGAAUCAGAAUCUUUGCAAUCACUUGUGGCAAUGCGUUUUCGUGACUUUUGAUUGGACAUUCAAAACCGAUGGGUCCGUCGGAGGUAGGUUCAUGGAAAACAUAGGAGAGAAGUCUGAGGAAAUGUACCUGAGCAAUCUCAAUAACUAUUAUGGCAGAUUCUUCUACGACAACAUCAUCAACAUAAUCAUUAAGUUGUGCAUCAUCAAUAUUCUCUUGGCUGUCAUCAUUAUCUCCUACUCGGAGUUGAGAUCGGUUCAGAAGUAGAAGGAGAAGGAUUAGAAUCACAAAUGCUUUAUCUGCGGGAUAGAUCGACUAGUCUUUGAUAGGACAAGUCAGAACACAGGCUUUUGGCAUCACAUCAAGGUUGAACACAAUAUUUGGAAUUACCUAUUCUACAUGUGCUAUCUGCGAAUGAAGCAAUCCGAUUUUAACAAUGGAGUAGACAACUACAUCCGAGCCAAACAAUAGGCUAGCGACUAUUCUUGGUUUCCCAUAAGAAGAGCUAAAGCACUAUCUCUUAAGUUGCAGAUGCUUGAAAGUGUCAGCCACAAGGUAAUUUGUCAUACUAUCUUAAGAAUGCAACCUCAAAAUCGAAGUUGAUCGGCCUGCUCCAUUCCCUCAGAAGACUUGUUUGGAUCCAUAAAUAAUUCUGA